ACGUGUAAUUUCUAUGAAAUUUGAGGAAACCGAAUUUGUAAACAAUAAUUUCGACCUGGAAAACAGAAGAAUUUAUUGAACAAAAGGUUUCAAAUAACAAGGAAGGCGUACUUGGCUUUACAAUGGAUCUGUCGCAAAAGGACUCCGCGGAAGAGUCUCAAAACUCCAGUGAAAGCUCUUCACUUCAAAUAUCAGAUCUGCCAGAGGAAAUCUUGGAGUACAUUCUUAUCCACUUGUCCCCUUACAGAGAUUUAAAAUGUGCCAUGUCGGUAAACAGACAGUGGUAUCGCCUUGUUCAAGGUGUGAUUCGUCAGAUGUACCAGAACUUUUACGCUGGGAUUUUAGAGGGGCAGUUGGCCUGGACAGGUAUCACUCCUGAGGUGGGCUCUAACAUUACUGAGCGAUACUCUCACUGUGCCUGCUAUUAUGACAAAUCCAUGUACAUAUUUGGAGGAUGCACCUCCACCAACACUACAUUCAACGACCUGUGGAGGUUUGACCUCAAGGACAGACAGUGGAUCAGACCACUUGCCAUAGGGACAUAUCCAUCCCCCAAGGCUUGUGCUAGUUUGGUUGUGUACAAGGACAGUUUGGUUUUGUUUGGGGGAUGGAGUCACCCCACCCCCUACCCUCUCCAUCAGGCUGCCCGGUUUUUCUCUGAGUUACAUAUCUACAAACCGGAACCGAAUCGCUGGUACCACAUGAACACUUUGUCACCGGUCAGUCCCGCCCCCACAGCUGGUCACUCUGCCUCCAUUGUGGGUGACAGGAUGAUUGUGUUUGGAGGAUCCCAUGUUCCUGGCACAGGAAACAAUGAAGUGUGGGUGUUUAAUUUCAUUGACUUGACAUGGCAGAGGAAGCACACCAGCAACAAACGACCUAACCCUCGCUAUGGACAGACUCAGGUGACCUUGGAUGAGAACCACAUUCUAGUGAUAGGGGGAUGUGGGGGACCAAAUCAGAUUUUCAAUGACCUUUGGAUUCUCUGUCUGGACACUGACCCCUGGAGCUGGCAGGAAGUGACCAUCAAUCAGCCAGAGUUCUCCGCCCCCCAACUGUGGUGUCACCCUGCAUGCAAGGUAAAUGACAAGAUAAUUGUGUUGAGUAAGCCUGCUAAACCUCUACGACCUAUGACUGCUGACCCCAAGAAGCCCACCAGUUACGCCUACACGAACAACAAAAUCUGGGUCCCUCCUCGGGAAUCCCCCAGGGACUCUCCAGGACCCUCGGGUGGGGCUGCUGCUACAUUCAAGCGACCAGUUUCAGAAAGUGAUGACAGCUCCAGUGCUGAUGACGAAGAGAAUUCAACUUCAAGGUCAGAUAGGGAACAUUUAGAGUUCAAACACCCUGGCGACACUGUUAGAGGUCGCGGUACAUCACCCAGGAGAUCCCCAAUGUCUCACAGUCAUCUCCAGAGUCACAGUUACAUCACUGGCCCAGAUUCCCCUGGACCUUCCAUGCAGGCAUUCACCAGCCCGGAUUCUCCUGGACCUUCCAUGCAGGCAUUCAGUACCAGUGACUCCCGACCUGCGGUGCUAGGAGGGAGACACAAUGCUGUGAAAAACCGAGAAAAGCAGCUGGAAGCUCUGAAGAAGUUUGAGGAGAGGCUGAGGGAAAGUUUGGCUAGACAGUCGGGAACGCAGGGUCAUAACCAGUCGACUAAUGAUAGUUCUAGAAAAAAUCGCCUGAGGGAGCUGCGUACUCCCAUACAUCUACAUGUGCUGGACAUCUCUAAUAUUGUGCAAUCUCAUACUGCCACAUGGCAGCCAGUGAAAGAGAAUUCUUCUUUGGAGGCUCCUGAGGAGACAAUAUUUUACACGCUAGUGGAGGGGCGGGGGGAAUUGGUCAUGUUUGGGGGGAUUCAGAGGGACAUUCAGUUUAUGCAGAGGGGGAUGGAUGUCAAAUCUCAUGUGGUCAGCAACAACCUGUACAUCCUGUCCCACUCACAAGUCUCCCUAUGAUCCCUCGCACAACUCUGCUCCUGUUUUAUACAGUUGAUUCGUGUCCACUCUUGAGUCCCUGUGUGUUUAACUGUUAGAAAUCUAGUCCACAUUUAGGAAUUCCCACAUCCUGCGAGUUGGAGCCAAAUUGUGGCUGCUUUAUUUUUAAAAAAAAUUAUCUUGAACUUUAUAAGACCUGUGACUUUUUAUCGACAUUGUAUGGUUAAAAUAUCUAAGAAAAAUAGUUCUCGUUAAUAUCUAAAUUUGACAGGUUGAAUGUCUCGUUUAAUAUUUAGAUUUCACCAUGCAUUCAGGUUUAAUCGAUGUUCAAUAAGUCAGCAUGAAAUGUCGUAGCAUGAUUUUUUUUACAUUAUUAAAUUAUUGAGAGAAAUACGUACACAUCUUUAUUUAUAAAACAAAAAAAAACUGGUUGAUUUUCUUUUUUACUAAUUUCUGUUUUUAUUGUUUACAAUGCUUUAGGAAUGCAUUUCUAAUGAUCAAAUGAAAUUUGAACGUCACUUGUGAAGAUACAUGUACAAGCAAGAUACAGGGCUCACAAUUCUCUUGUCAAGUAAACAAGGCUCGUGCCCUGUUUUUGUUUACAUAGGUUCAAUAUACCCGUAAAAUAAAAUUCCUUUUCAAGCUAAUUUGUCUAUCUUCAUAUUCAUUUUAAGCAUAAUUAAACAGUUUUAACGUUUAAUACGUCGUUUGCUUUAGGUCUAAAACUGGAAUUUUUACUUCAACAUUUAAAAUGUAAAUAAAAGUUUUGUU